AUGGGCGUGAUCCUUUCGAAAGCUGAGAAGGUCAAGGCCCGGGCCACCCAGAAGGGGAAGGGCAACACCCAGAUAGCCAAUAACGACUUGGAUCAGUAUGAUGAUAGCCACAUGAGAAACGGGGAUUUCGAGGCCAGUCAAGAUGGGGAUGAAAAUUUUCAAAGCGUCAACAAUGCAGUCAGCGGAGAUGUGCAGGCACAACAGCAGAAACAUAACGAGCUCACUACUCUGAGGAUAAAGCGGGACUCUAGAAAGCAGACAGAAGGGAAGAGGCUCGGUGGGAAGGGCACAGAGGUAGCAUAUUCGGGUCUGCCUGAUAGUCGUGCUGACUACUUUGAGAGUUUGGGGCAGUCUCGGAAGAAUUAG